AUGCCCUUUCAAGAGUCUGAGGAAGAAUUCAUUCCUUUGAUAAAUGCUCAACAAGGGAAUCAAGUUGAAGGAGAUCCUAUAAUAAUAUAUUAUGACCCACAACUUUCUUCUAUAACCUUGGAAGAAACGAACGCUGCUGUAGCUAGAAACUUAGAACAUCAAUUACGACACCCUUUAGGGGACCCACGCGUUAAUCGAGACUAUGCUUUGAAUUUAGUCGUGAAACGUCAAAAAUAUUGUAAUUCAUUACAAGUGCUUACGUAUGAGAGAGACACGGAAUCGAAAAAUCGUAAAGAAUCUUCAGUUCUCGUAUAUUCUAUCACUAAUUCAACAACGGAGCGACAAAUUCGUGAGGUUUUCGAAGAAUGUGGUUUUAUACAAAAUUGUGAAGUUAAAAGUCAUGGUAUCGCCAGAAUCACAUUCUUCGGAGAAACAGAUGGUACGGCCUUGCAUUCUGCUAGAGAAGCUGUGAUUCGUUUCAAUGGUAAACAAAUUUCCGAAGGUCACUCCGUUAAAGUUGAAUUAGAUAAUGAUAGUAAUAAACACACAACUCCGUUGGCUAAUGAUAUUGAUAUGGAAAUUGAUGAGAUACCAUCACCUCCACCGUCACUGACAAUGGCACCACCGCCGCCAAUGGCACAACUGCCAAUGGCACCACCACCACCAAUUACACCACCAUCGAUGGCACCACCAGCAGCAGCACCCAUUAAAAUCCCUUCGGAACCACCACCCCCACAUAAACAAGAACAAAAUUCUGAAAUACCUUCAAACGAAAGUAUUGAUAAUGAUAUGGAAGAUGGUGAAAUUGAUCCGAAUUCCGAAGAAUCCGUAUCUCGAAUAUCAACAUCUGAUUCGAGAUCACGACCAUCUUGGCGAGAUAAUGAUAUCUCAUCACAAUAUGAAAGUAAUGAUCGAUUUAAUUCGGAUCGCCGAAGAAGAAAUUCAAGAGAUCGAUCAAAUAAAAGUAAUAAAUAUUCAACUGUUGAAAGAAGUCGAAGUCGUGAUAGAAGUCCACCUACAACGAUCACACCAACAGAACGGGAUAAUAUUUCAAGUCGAGAAUAUGAUAGUAGUAAUCGUAAACAUGAUCGUGAAUCAAAUCGUUCUCGAGUUCGCGGAUAUAGUAGAGAUAAAGAAAAUACGCGUAAUAAAGAACGAGAUUCCGUUCAUGGUUGGGAUUUACCGGAAAAACCACAAUUCACUCAUAUAAUUAAAUUUGAGGAAGAAGAGGAUCAUAAAAUAGGAAUUAGUUGGUCAGAGGCAUUUACUUCAUUAUCGGAUAUUCCUAAAGAUAAAAUUGAUAUUAAAGAAAGUGGUGGUAGUUUAAAAAAUCACAGAAAAUUUGAAUCUAAAAAAUCAUCAAGGAAUAAAGAUAGAUAUUAUUCAACGUCAGAUGGUGAUUUAUAUGGUCACCUUUCGACAGCUAAUGAUUCAUCUGAUUCAGAUGAUGACUUUUAUGAUACGAUUCAUUCAAAAAAUAAAAAAUCAAAUAACAAACCUUCAAUUGGACCCAAAAUAAGUGAUUGGGAUUAUUCUUCAUCAUCUGAAUCAGAUAAAAAUGCAACUGUAAUAAGUAAUAAUAGUAAAAAUAAGAAUGACAAGAAUGAUAAUAAAUUAUCUUUAUCAUCAGAAAAAAUUAAAGUUGAAAAUGAUAUAGUGGAAGAUAAUGGUAAUAAUAUAAAAGAUGAUAAUAUGAUAGAUGAUAUUGUGAUAGAUGAUAUUAUAAUAGAUGAUAUUAUAGUAGAUGAUAUUAUAGUAGAUGAUGAAGGUGAAGAUGAUCAGAAACCAACUCAAUCCUCCAAACCAAAGAAUCAAAUAAAAAAAAUUCAAAAAUCCAAUGCAUCAAGUGCAUCAGAAACCAGUAAAAUAACAUCAUCUAUAUCCAAUAAAUCAAAUAAAUCCAAUAAAUCCAAUUGUUCAAGUGCAUCGGAGACGGGGAAAAAGACAAGUUCUAAUAGAAAAAGUUCCGCCUUUACAAAGCCAAGAGAAUUAAAGAAUCGAGUAGUUGUUGCUAAUCAGAAAACUAAAGGAAUUCGUCAUUCAAAAAUGACUUCGACUUCACCAAAUAUCAUGUCUAAAAAAGCAGAAUCUAAGAAGAAACAACAGUUAAGACCUAAACAUUUAUGA